AUGAACUCCUCGAAACUCCGGUUAAGCAACAAUAACAUCAAGAAGGCCAUUGUUUUCAUUUGGACCGCAAGUGUUCUAAUUUCCUUCCCACAAUUCGUCCUUAAAGAGUGGAGCGAGGAACAUAACACAUGUGUUGGUCCGUGGACUUUACGCAUGAAUCUAGCAAGCAAAAUUUAUAUACUUAUAAAUUCUUCAAUUUACAUUAUACAAUCGGCAAUCAUGUUUUUCUGCUAUGGAUCAUUGAUAAGGGGACUUUACUUUACUGCUACAAUUUGCUCAGAAAAUGAUGACGAAGGAAACUCGGAGAAAAAGAAGCUGGUUGGGACAUUUCUCCUAGCGACUUUAGGGUUUUUGAUCGGUUAUGAGUCAUAUGUAGUUUUCGUCAUACUUGUUGCUUUGGGAGAUAACAAACAAAUUUAUGACUCAGAACUAUACUCUGUUAUUGGAGCCGUAUUACCAUUUUUGUUUGACUUAACUUUAUGUCUUAACCCAAUUUUGUACGCUUUUCGUAGUUCAAGCUACCAACAAGAGUUUAAACGCCUACUGAUAUGCAAGAAACCGACACCGAACAAUGAUAUUGAGAUGUGGUAAGAGAGAGGAACACCUUUAAACUAUUUCUCUUUGCGUAGUUCAUAUCUCUGUGAUUUUAUUCUAAGUAGUGGUAGUUAUAAUAAAUUUUUCACUGCAAUAAUCUGUAAUAAAUUUUGCUCAUAAUAAAAAACUAUAUCACUAGUAUUAUAUAACAAUAUAUAGUAAAUCGACUGCAUACCCCAUCAUCAUCAUUGUCAUCGUUGGUGUUAUACAGAAUGUAAAAGUAAAUUACAGAAGCAAAAACGAAAAACAUACCAUGAGAUUAUUUACCUUCCACUGACUUUUUUUUUGUCCUGCUUCCAAUAUGGGAAAGGUACAAGUAAGGCAGUUUAUGCAUUUUUACUACUGAUAACUCUCUGUGUUAGGGAGGAAUAAAUUCCAGUUUGGGCUUUGUUUUUCACAUUGGUCAUUGUUAUCUGUCAAAGCCAUAACAAAAAGAAAUACACUUUUGUACUGGUCGACAGUGAGAUAACAAACGGGAGUUCAAUAACAAUGAAAAUUCAAUGAAAAAGAAGAAGUAACAGCAUGCUUUUAGGCAGAAAUAGUGCUGGUAGGAUUAUGGGCACUUCUUUGUAAAGGCGUAGGAACAUCCUCCCUUCAAUGUCACAGUUUCGUGGUUGCAGUGACUCGGGGAUCAUUGGCGACUUUUUUAUUCAAGCCAUGGAUGUGAACAGCCACUUUUUCCAUUACUGACAUGGGAUGACCGUAUUUAUACGAGGAGUCAUAAUUACAGUAGUUGUGGUAGUCAAGUGGACCUACUUCCCACGCCCGGCCGUCUCUGUUUAUCAACGGGUCACAAACCAAGCCUUCCCACAAUGUCUGUGGAUCAAACAAGAAGUGUCAUUUCCCAAACUAUGAUUUCGUCUUUCGAGUUUGAUUUCCCGCAAAACACCUAGCCUGAGAUCAUGCCCUCUCCCUAUUAUCCCUUUAUGUCUCGAGCCACAGAAGCAAAAAAAAGGGAAAAAAUGACACCUGAUCUCAGUUUACAAAACACCCCACGGGACCCUCACUGAAGGAUAAUACACUGUCCGCUUAACAAGUAUCCACAUGCAAAUUUUUCGGACUGAUCUCCAUACAUUUACUUGAAAAAUAAGUUGAGAAAACUUUUUUUAAAACGAUCAAAGCAGGACUGUGGGUUGGGUUAUAUGAAAAGCUUAAGGAAGAAACGACCUGACCGAAAACAGUCCGGUGUAUAAUUAUAGAAGUUAAUAAUAACUAAGGCGUCUGUUAGUAUUAAAAGAAUGACGCUGGUAACUGGGCAAGAAGGCAGUUUUUGCAGUAUGGAGAAAAUUAUUUGUUAGUAUGCAGAAAAGUUGUUAUGCCGAAAAAAGGGAAGGGAAUUAAGAUACCGUAAAAUACGGAAAAUAAGCCCAGGGGCUUCUAUUUUCCAAAGGCCCCUUUUGAGGGGCUUAUUUUUGGAGGGGCUUGCAUUGGGAGGGGCUUAUUUACCGAGGAAAAUUUGCGGUUCAAAAUCGAUUAGGCUAGCUUAUAGUUGGAAGGAAUUUUACCGUUUUUUCUUUGUUUUACUUUGUAUUUGAGGACACUGUUUUCAAGUACAAGUCCCCGGGGGCUUAUAUUGGGAGGGGUCAUUUAACGAAACGUUUUUUGCGUUACGUUUUUGAGGGGCUUAUAUUUGGAGGGGCUUAUUUUCGGAAUUCUACGGUAUGGGGAGGACCAAAGACAGGUGUAUGGCUAUUUAUAACUGACUUCAUAACGCGCUUUUAAUUAUAAAUUGUCAGUAGUCUUUUUAUUACGUGAGACGUCCAUGCAAUUGCAUGGUGGCCAAUUAUUUAACUGCAUGGUCGAAUGGUAUUAAUGGAUCUAUUUCACAUUAUCUUAGUAAUAAUGUAAACUACCUCAAUUUGUCGCUUGUCUACUAAGUCAUAUGCAUACAAUGAAAAAUAACUAACCAGACCGAUAACCCUUAUGAAAAAACAGAAAAACCUGAAGCACUAAUCAUGGUCGAAACCGAUAGCCUAAGUUUUGUCUUGUCUUGCUGUUCCAUACCAUUUUACAUCAGUGGACUCAUCGGAAAUGUGUUGGUCAUUCGAAUCGUACACAAAACAAUGGAGAUGCACACCCCUACAAAUUAUCUUUUAGCUAGCAUGGCCGUUAGUGAUGUCUUCACCAUAAUAAUGAUUGCAGCUCACAGGUUUGCCUUCAGUCAACAUAUACUUGGUGAAAAAUUCGCGCACUUGGUUUGCAAGGCAUCGCUCGUCAUUACAACCUUCAUUACAAUUUUCGCAAUAGUUUCUUCCACUACUCUUACUGUGCUAGCAGUUGAAAGAUACAACGCUUUGCUGAAGCCUUUAAGAACGGGAUUGCAAUUAAGUGAAGACAAUAUAAAAAAGGCCAUCGCUCUCAUUUGGGUGAUAAGUGUUUUUGUAUCCAUCCCGAAUGCCUUCUCUCAAGAAUUCGAUCGAAUCAAUCGCGUUCGUUCAGGAUGUGUUAGCCAACGGGAUUCAAUUAUCAAUCUAGUGUGGAAGAUUUACUUGAUUGUAUUUAACGCUAUUUUUUUGAUACAAUCGGUAGUCAUGGUUUUUUGCUAUGGUUCCUUGAUCAGAGGUCUCUACUUCACCAACACAGUUUGCCCAGAAAAUGAAACCACUGAUGGCGAGAGAAGCUCGGAGAAGAAAAAAGUUGUUAUCACAUUCCCUCUAGCGACUCUCGGGUUUUUGAUCGGUUAUGUACCUUGUGUGGCUUUCCACAUUGUUGUUGCAUUUCAGACCAACGCGAAUAUAGAUAUCAACCUGUACUCUCAUCUCCAGAAUGCGUUUCGUCUUAUGUUUAGCUGCAGUCUAUGUUUAAAUCCACUUGUUUACGCUUUUCGAAGUGCCCACUUUAGAGAGGGCUUUAAACGCGUUCUAACAACUUGUUGGAAGCCAACACCACAGGAUGACGACGUUCACUGA